UUGUAUUUUUCCCCAAAUGAAAAAACGGCUAUCACUGCAAAAAUUCAUUGUUCUGAGAAAGUAUUAGAGUGUUGAAGUUAUUUAGACGGGAUGGUUUCGUUGUGCACUUCCGGUGAAAAUAUGGCUUCAUUGACAACAUGACGCUUCUGCUUUAGAAACACAGUUGGCAACAAUCAACAUGACAUCCCGUCUCAAGUUUGCUUGCGACCAGGACAAGUCUGUCCUUCUGAACAACUUUGAGACUCGAGGCUGGGUUCAAGUUGGAGCGGAUGAUGACUGGAACUUUUACUGGGCCAAUGUACAGAACAUCCGGAACAUCUUCAGUGUGGACUGUGGGUACCGACUCACAGAUGAUCAGGUGAUCAACCACUUCCCCAACCACAUGGAACUGACGAGGAAGGAUCUGAUGGUGAAGAAUAUCAAGCGAUACCGCAAGGAUGUGGAGAAGGAGGGGAGUCUCCUCGCCGAGAAGGAUGAACUGGGGCGAUUUACUCACUUGGAUUUCAUCCCACAGACUUUCAUGUUGCCUGCUGACUACAACCUUUUUGUGGAGGAGUUCAGGAAGAACCCUAACACGACAUGGAUCAUGAAACCCUGUGGGAAAGCCCGAGGUAUCGGUAUCUUCCUGGUCAACAAGCUCUCUCAGCUGAAGAAAUGGUCAAGAGAUGGCAAAACUACAUCGUUUACUCCGCCAACUGCAAAGGACACCUACGUGAUAUCAAAGUACAUCGACAACCCUCUGCUGAUUGGUGGGAAGAAGUUUGACCUGCGACUGUAUGUGUUGGUGACUUCCUUCAGGCCUCUCAAGUGUUACAUGUACAAGCUUGGCUUCUGUCGUUUCUGCACAGUCAAGUACAACGCCAACAUCAAUGAGCUGGACAACAUGUUUGUACAUCUGACCAAUGUGUCAAUACAAAAACAAGGGGAGGACUACAAUGCCAUCCAUGGAGGGAAAUGGACAGUGCAGAAUCUCCGACUCUUCCUGGAGGGAACACGCGGUAAAGAGGUGUCGGACAAACUGUUUGAUGAGAUCCACUGGCAAACCGUUCACUCCCUGAAGGCUGUGUCUGGUGUGAUAUCAAAUGAUCGACAUUGCUUUGAGUGCUAUGGGUAUGACAUCAUUAUUGACGAUAAUCUCAAGCCAUGGCUUAUUGAGGUGAACGCCUCUCCCUCCCUCACGGCCACCACCUCCAGUGACCGCAUCAUGAAGUAUAAACUCAUCUCCGACGUCAUCAACAUCGUCAUCCCACCAGGAGAAGGCCCAGAUGUCCGAUGGAGCAAGAUACCCUCUAAGGAGCAUUUGGGAAAUUUUGAACUUUUAUAUGAUGAGGAUCUGGCCCAGGCUGACCUUCUGAACCAGGAAGUGAAGAGAAUGGGGGGCUGCUGGGAUAGGUCCUCGGGGUGCACGAGACAGAAGAUCCACGCAUGCAACCUGGAAAUAACAACAAUAAGAUACCUGAGUAAUGCCAAUCAACAACAUUCCUGAAUAACAACAUACUGCAUAGCUCAAUAAUUCCACCUGUCCUGUGUGCACAUCUCACAGUGUCCAUCAAACUAUGUGACACCAUACAUCUACACAUGAGCUGGUGGCAAGGUCACAUGAGUACAGAUCUCAAUAUACUGACUGACUGACUGACUGAUUGACUGAGUUUGGUUUUACGCCGCUUUAAGCAAUAUUCCAGCAACAUCACGGCGGGGAACACCAGAAAUGGGCUUCACAAAUUGUACCCAUGUGGGGAUUCGAACCUGGGUCUUUGGCGUGACGAGCCAACGCUUUAACCACUAGGCUACCCCACCGCCCCAGAUCUCAAUAUACUCAUAUGUAAUACAGUUGUCCCUGCAGAAAGAUAGUUUUUUGGAAAUCAGUUAGAUCUGCCUUUGAUGUACAUUCCCAGAAUUGAGUCCAUCCAAUUUAAUUUCAACACUGCUCAUAGUACAUUAUAUAGGUUAAAAAAAGUCACUGAAACGGUCUUAGAAUCAUGGCUGUCUCACAACUAGCAAUAUUCAGUAAUCAAAAAUGUUUCUUCACUCUGUUAUGAUAAAUAUCCUGGAACUAUAGCUAUGUUUUGUACUCUAUUCCAAAAUCAUGCAUUUCUAAACAUGGCAACCCAGUGAGAUUGCUGUCAUGUCCAAGAUGAAUCUUCUGCUGAGGAAGUAAUAAGAGACAUGGAGAUGUUACAUCAUUAUCAAAUAGAAAUGGCUCCCGGGUAUUGUUGUGUCAUGGCGGUACAAUACACCGGCAACAUACUGAGAGUUGUCAGCAAGAUUACACUUCAUUUGCUUGUUGUCACACACAUUAUUCAUUACUGUACACAACUUUGAAAUGUUUAAUCAUGAAAGUUAUGAUGUAAAUAUUGCUGUAUUUAUUAAUAAAAGUGAACUCUA